UUGGCGAAUUGACAGAUAAAAAUAAUAAUUUAUCAGAAUUCGAAUUAAAUGUUACCUUCGAUGUCCAGGAUGAAAAUUACUCGAUUUCUCAAAUUGCUGAAAUAAUUCGAGACGAAUUGCAGAGGAUGAUGGAUACAAAUGAAA